UUGGUCAGGGAUCUGUACGCUCAGUUUUUGCGAGAGAUGAUCAUCCAGCCGGGAAUCGCCAAGGCAAACCUGGGAGUGUCUCGAGACGUGACGCUGGAGGAUCACCCUCUGAAUCCGAACCCGGACAGUCGGUGGAACACCUACUUCAAAGACAACGAAGUUCUGCUGCAGAUCGAUAAAGACGUCAGACGGUUGUACCCAGACAUGGCGUUUUUCCAGCGGCCCACAGACUUCCCCUGCCAGCUCAUCCUGGACCCAGAGAACGCGUACGAGACGUUACGGAGACGCGUGGAGCAGACGACUCUCAAAGCCCAGACGGUGAACCGGAACCGCAGCGGCGUCACUAACGUGAGUUCUCCGGGGAAGGCGUUAAACCUGUAUCCCUCCUGCGUGACGGUAGAAACGGGUUCCAUGGGUUGUGCAUCAAACGCUGUUCUUCUGUCUGUAGAGCAUGCGGAGGCUGACACAUUCUUCUGCUUCACCAGCCUGAUGUCCGAGAACAGAGAUAACUUCAUCAAAAGCCUGGACGACUCUCAGUGCGGCAUCACCUUCAAGAUGGAGAGCGUCUUCUCCAAACUCAAGGAGAAGGACACGGAGCUGUACCUGAAGCUGCAAGAGCAGAACAUCAAGCCGCAGUACUUCACCUUCCGCUGGCUGACGCUGCUGCUCUCUCAGGAGUUCCUGCUUCCAGACGUCAUCCGGAUCUGGGAUUCGCUCUUCUCGGAUCAGGAGCGGUUCGAGUUCCUCAUCCCUGUGUGCUGCGCCAUGCUCACACUGAUUAGAGAUCAGUUACUGGCUGGAGACUUUACAACUAACAUGAGAUUACUGCAGGAUGUUGGGGAAUGA